AUGACGAGAUUGAAGCUGGGAGGAGAGAAGAAGAUAUCUCUGGAAGAAUACGUCGAUUUCUUCGUCUCUGACAAGUCCAUCGACUUCACCAUCUCCUACCUCAAUCAGAUCAUUCAUAUGCACGGUUUCCGAAAGCUCCACAAAACCAACAAGAGAACUGUAGGCGAAGCUGUGGACGCACUUGAUCUACUAGAUCUCUCUCGCUCGACUCUGAAACAAAUCGCAGUCUCGCCGCCAUCGGCUUCCCCAACGCUCGACGAAGUGAUAACCGACAUCGAAACUCUCAAAUGGCAGGAAUGCUGUCUCACCUCCCUCGAGAUCAUCAACUCCGGCGGACUUACUCCAGCGGUGGCCAAACCGAAACGGAAAUCGAGCAAGCGAAAGAAGGCGACUAAGAAGAAAUCGCAGCAAAAAUUGGGUGACGCCGAUUGCGUCGGCGAUGAGAACCAGACCAUAAUGGUCAUGGCCCUAAAGAGGAGGAAGAAGAAAAGCAUCAGAUCUGUGAAUGAAGCAGCCAAGUCCACCUGCAUCCUCACCACUCCUUGA